GGGUCGUGAGUGCGCCACCAGGGAGCCUGCACCAACGCAGAUAACCACGAGGGAAGCGGGAGGAGAUAGGAAUUUGCCUUGUGCAGGAAUUCAGCCCGGCUGCGUCACUGUUUCAUUCGGCUCUGGAGCUGGGCAAGAAUUAAAGAGCACGGCGGCGUGCUCCUUUAUUCCACCAGCGGACAAGUUUAUUUUCCUGCUUGAAGGAGCCGCGGCGGUCUGAGAGGGAGGAGGGGGUAGGCGAGCGAGGAGCUGGUUGGGCUGCGGAAUCUUUUGUCAUCCCAGUUUUUUUUUGCCUGGCGGGGGGCGGGGUGUGGGAAGAACUGGAGCCCGUGGACCGUCGGUGCCAGCGCCGGAACGAGCGAAGAACCCCUUGUGGUUCGCUUUUUUUUAAUCCGGGAGAUUGAAGGGGGUUAGGCAUGAGCCCGGGAGCGGGAGGAUCGCGGACGGUGUGAACGCCAGCCGGUCGGCACGACAUGGAGAGCCAACAAGUCCCGUCGCAGUCUACUGACAUUAACAUUGAAGCAGAGGAAAGCUUAGCCAAGGAGGAAGAAACAGAGGGAAAACCAGUCAAGAAAGAGGAAUCAGAAGAAAAUCCAGUUAAAGACGAUGAAGCAGAAAAGAAUCCCAUCAAGGAUGAGCCACCUGCUUCCUCAUCCAAGUCCCCGGGCGUGGGCAAAGGCUCCCGGACAAAGCAAGAUACUCUGAAGGUAGAGGAGAGGCAGCGACUUGCUAGACAGCGCAGGGAGGAACGGGCCAAAACUCUCGCUACGAAGAAAUCAAUAUGGCUGGAAAGGGAAGAAAAGGCAAAGCUGCUUCGAGAGAAGCAGAUGGAGGAUCGGAGGAGGAGGUUAGAAGAACAAAGACUGAAAAUAGAGAAGCGACGUGCCCUACUGGAAGAACAGCAACGACUAAAGCUGCAGAAAAACAAGGAGCGUUAUGAAUCAGUGGUGCAGAGAUCAACCAAGAAAACCUGGGCCGAAAUCCGUCAGCAGAGGUGGUCCUGGGCUGGAGCCCUCUCACGUAGCCUGAGUGUGCAUAAAGAGAGGCCAGGGGGCUGCUCUUUAUCGGCUGUCAAUCUGCCCAAACAUGUGGAUUCCAUCCUAAACAAAAGACUCUCCAAAUCCUCAGCCACGCUCUGGAAUUCCCCCAGCAGAACUCGGCGUUUGCAGCUGAGUCCCUGGGAGAGCAGUAUCGUGGAACGGCUGAUGACCCCGACGCUCUCCUUCCUGGCCAGGAGCAGAAGUGUUGCUGUUUUAACGGGAACAGCCCGAGAUUCAGAUGUCCCUCUCUGCCCUCGCUCUGCGUCAUCCAGCCCAAUAGCCCCACGAAGCGGCAAACCCGUCCACAGGUGCUCCAAUCAAUGGAGGGCGGCACAGAGCACCCCAGAUCUCCCUGGGCGACGCAAGACUGAGGCUCAGCCGGUAGAAAACAAGAAGAAAGAGAAAAAAGACAAGGAGCGGGAGAAUGCAAAAGAAAAGCAUGCCCUGUUGAAGUCGGCCGGGGCACCCGACAAGAUGAUGAGGAAGCGACAGUCUCUUCCGGCUGUUAGGAGUAAAGAGUUGAUGGCAAGGGAAGUCAGCCUCAGAUCAAAGAACCGCUCCUUGCCAAGCUCACCCAGGCGGAGGACUUCGGGAGUUAGUCCGGGACCCAUCCCACCCCUGGCAGCAGGCACCGCCACUCCGGUGAAGAAGUCAAGAGCUAAAGGCGAGAAGCGCCAGGAGAAAGAGAGCCAGCUGAAGCUGAGAGGGGAGAAGGAGGAGGGUGAGAAGGAGUCGUCGAGGCCUUCGUCAGCUGGUGGCUCGAGAAACAAGGAGACAGCUGCAGAGGCUCCAGAGCCCACGCAGGGGUCACCUGCUAGAACAAUCGCAGGCACCAUGGACCCAGAGGAAGCUGUGAGACUUCUUGCAGAAAAACGGAGAAUUGCUCGAGAGCAGAGGGAGCGAGAGGAGCAGGAGAGGAAGGAGCAGGAAGAGAAGAGGAGGCAACUGAAGGAGGAGAUAGCUCGGAGAAAGGCGGAGGAGAAAGCCCUAGCUCAGAAGCAGGAGGAGGAGAGGAGGCAGAAGGAGGAAGAGCAGCGUCUGAAGGAGGAGGAGUGUCGGCAGCGGGAGGCCGAGAUGGAGCAGGAAGAGAUGGAGCGCCUACAAAAGCAGAAGGAAGAGGCGGAGGCACGAGCUCGAGAGGAGGCAGAGAAGCAGCGGCUGGAACGGGAACGACACUUCCAGAAGGAAGAGCAGGAACGCUUGGAGAGGAAGAAGCGUCUGGAGCAGAUUAUGCAGAGGACGAGGAGGUCUGAUAAUAUGGAUAAGAGAGAUGAGAAAAAAUCAGCUUCUGGCGGGGAGCCGGACACCAAGGAUGUCAAGGCAGAGACAAAAGAUGGCAGCCCCUUGCAUGUGAAGAAUCGCACUGGUGAAGAUCAGCCGGAGGCAUCGGUUAAAGAGGAAGCUGGCAAGGUCUCAGUCAGUGCCACCAUCUGUCCGUCACAGGAUCUGCCGCUCAAAGAGCCAGGGGUCACUGUGAAAGAUGACAGCUGUGAGAAACAGGCAGUGCUCACCAAUGGGGUUCAGCCAAAGAAGCAGGAAAAUGGGAUCUGCCCCAAGACACAAGGAUUUGAGGAGAUCCUGGAGCUGACAAAUCACACGGGCUGCUUCAAGAGUACUGUGGACAGUAUUGGGGACAAGGAGUGUCUCAGCACCCUGACAGCCAACGAGAUUCCUGUCAAUCCCAUCAUUGCAUUUGAGGAGGAGAACUCCUUCAUCAAGAAAACAACAGGAAUUCAGGCCCAGCAUGUGGCAGAAAUCCUCUGAGGAGCUGGGAGAAGCCCCCGUGCCCCUCGGCAACCACCCCCCAUGACCCACACCCCUACCCCCAAGCUACCAAGCACGGCUUU